AUGCUCGGCCGCGUCGCUGAUCCUAUCACCCCGAGGCACCCGACUUUCGCUGAAUCGACUGGUGCAGCCGACUGCCGGUCACGGCUCAGCCCAGCCUGGGAACGCGAAGGACAUGGGUCAGAUGGCUUCGGUGGAGUGUUUGUGGCAGCUGGCUCUGUCGUGGCAGUGCUGAGCCAGAUAGGAGGCUCCUCGCACCGUCCACGGAGGACACGCUUGGCAGCGACGAAGCAGUACAAAAGGGUCCGUCUUUCGGAUGAUCUGCCGAAAGGCGUGAACUUCUACGAAGUGCUAGGUGUGGACAAGCUCGCCUCACAGGAUGAAAUCCGAGCUGCCUACAAGCGGGUGAUCCGCGAGACGCAUCCGGACGUGAACUCCUCCGAAGAUGCUGCACAAGUCUUCAUCCAGGCCCAGGAAGCUUUCCGAUGGCUCAGCGAUCCGCAGCAAAGAGAGGUCUACGAUGGUGUCGGGGGAAAGUUCGGGGAGGAUGCCAUCUACGACUACUCCGACGAGCCAAUCCUUGGCUCCCUGACCGAGAUACGGCAGAUCAAGGAGCUCACCUCCGCAAUCGACAUGGUCAACCAGUGCAGAAAAGAGAUCACCACCCGCCAAGAGGUGAAAAUCAAGCAUCAUAUCAUGGACAUCCGUCAAAGAUUCAGGGUCUACGGUUCAGACCGGGUGAAGUUUGUCAGGAACUACAUGAAUCGGCAGUUGAAGGCGGUCCUCCAGUAUCCUCGCCUGAUCAGGCAGCUGCAUCCUUUCGAACGCUUGAGUGUGGAGCUGGCGCUUACGCAGCACUGGAACAAGACAGGUGUGGCCUUUGGGAAAGCUCUGGCCUGUCUCAAGGACCUGCGGCGCCAGAUUCACGCGCUCGGCACGUACCGUGCAACCGGAAGCAUGCAGGCGGAACGCGGGAGGCUCGCGACUUUCAUCGCCGACGAGGGCAUCGAAGAGAUUUUUGACUUGGUGACGGACUGGGAGCCCGUCUUCCAGCAGUUCAUCGGCUGCCAGCGCGCCAUCUUCAAAUCCCCGAGCAUCGAUCUGGAUAAGCCCACGGUUGUGUUUGUUGGGGCUCCAAACGUGGGCAAAUCCUCGCUGGUGCGGUCGAUCUCCACUGGCCGGCCGGAGGUGAACAGCUACCCGUACACCACAAAGAAGCUGACCAUAGGCCACCUUUGGCACUUCAUCGCCGGAACACCGCUCCUCAUCCACGGUCAGAUCGUUGACUCGCCCGGCCUCAGGACUUCCGGUGGGGAUCACAACCUCAUGGACAAGCUUACCAUGGGUUCCAUGGAGCACCUUCCGACGGCAGUGGUUUUCGUCUUCGACCCGUACCCGUAUACGCACGGGCUUCUUGACGUGGAGAAGCAAGUGAAGCUGCGUGAAGCUCUGAGGGCAAAGUUCCCCCGAAGGCCUUGGCUAGACGUGAUCACGAAGAUCGAUGUCGAGGAGGAGGAGACCGAGGAGAACAUCAAGUCUCUCUUGCUUCGUUAUCCGGACGCCCUCCAGGUUUCCGCAUUCGAGGGCACCGGGCUCGACACGCUAAACAUGGAGGUGCGUGGUCUCUUAGAGGAGAUGACCCGGGUGGUCCGACAGCUCCAGAGAACGAAGAUUCGCCAACUGAGAAUGGGCGACCCGGAAGCGAACGUAGUCAGCAAAGAGGCCUUGGCACUUCGGUGA